AUGUUGACCGUCACUGAUCUAGCUAGCAUCGUCGAUCAUGGACUCCAACACUCAGGGCUUCCGUACGAGUACAGAGCUGUCAAUCUUGUAAAAGGAGAGCAAUUUUCUCCAGAGUUUGAGAAAUUAAAUCCUCUUCGCUGCGUUCCGGUGUUAGUCGAUGGUGAUUUCGUACUUUCAGACUCCUCUGCGAUCUUGCUGUAUUUGGAAGAGAAGUAUCUCCAGAAUGCGCUAUUGCCGGUUGAUCCUAAACUACGAGCUGUCAAUCUUCAGGUUUCUUGGACUUGGGAACAAUGA